AUGAGUGAAAGAGUAAGUUAUACGAUUGAAGGACAUUUAUUUAUAAUUCGAUUGAAUGAUCCUAAACGUUUAAAUUCGUUAACGUUUCCAGAUUUCGUUAAGAUUGCAUACUAUUUAACGCUGAGUAAUAAGAAUGACGAUGUCUAUUUGACAUUGAUUCAAUCCACUGGAGAGUUUUUCUCUAGUGGAGGUAAAUUUGAAUCUGUUAUUGAUAAUACACCACGUCGUCAAGAUACCAUUGAAGAUAUAAUGGAUGUACUUGGAGCGGUUGCGUCACCGAAUGUGUAUGUAUCGAAUGCAUUUGCGAUGCAUGAUAAGCCGAUUAUAUGUUGUUUAAAUGGACCCGCAGUGGGAUUAAGCGCAUGUUUAGUCAUGUUAAGUGAUAUCGUGUACGCGAAGAAUGAUUCUGUUUAUUUAUUGUUCCCAUUUGCCAAUCUUGGAUUUGUGGCAGAAGUUGGAUCAUCCGUUACAUUGGCGGAAAAAAUUGGAAUCAAUAAAGCUAAUGAAGUAUUGUAUUUUGCCAAGAAAUUGGAAUUUAAUGCAAUGAUUGAUAAGAUAAUCAAUAAGAAUUAUAAUUUAUCGGAUACAGUUGAAUUUAACAAGAAAAUUUGUCAAGAUGUUAAUGAAAAAUUGAAACAAAUCAAUGCCAAUAGUUUGCGUAGUAUGAAAAAAUUGAUUAAUCAUGAUUUGAAAUUAAAAUUAGUUGCAGCGCAAUCAAUGGAAACUACAACCACUUUGCCCUUCUGGUUGAGCGAAGAACCAUACAAUCGUUUCAAACAGAUGCAACAGAAACAACGUAGACACAAGUUAUAA